AUGGCCGAUUUAAGCAGAAAAGCACCAGAGACUAUUGAUUCUCCGCUGUUGGUCGGACUUCCUGAGGGAACACUACAGAUUGAAUAUACCAAUAUGGAGGACAUUAGGUGCCUAGUGGACAAAAGGGCUCAACUAUGCUGCUUGGAUUCUUCCAAAAGCCCAUUUAUCAUAGUUAUAAAUAUACCACAUACGUUCCUUCAAGACUUUGAUAACGUCUAUCUGGAUAAAGGACCAAAGGUAUCUACCAAUCUUCAGGACAGAGUCCUUCUUCUCGAGACCAUGGUUGCAAAAGAACACGAAGUCGCGGCCCGAGGGUUAGAAGGAUAUCUUAGAGAAAGGAUUAGAGAUAUGAAGCUCAAUUACAUCACUACCCGUUCCGGAGCAAGCCGAGCAACUAGCGACACUUUUACCAAGGAGCCCGAUGGUAGCUUUACCUUACAGGACCGCGAUUGGCCAAUUUUAGCCAUUGAGGCUGGAGUAUAUGAGUCUGAAUCCAAGUUAAAUAUUGACGCCCGAGGAUGGCUAGAAUCACCAAAAUCAGAAACAGAAGUCGUUAUCACGAUCAAAAUCGAACGACAUUCGCCAGAAAUAACCUUUAAAAAAUGGGAAAAAUCAUCUUCCACGCCAGAGAGAGGAACAUGUUCCUACCAACCAGCGAUAUCAACUGAGACUAUUCACGUCAAGUAUCAGAAUGACGUUACCGAAAUUACUGGCGAUAUGGUUAUCCCAUUGGCGAAGAUAGCCGGCCGCGGGCCGCAAAAUUCCAACGAGAAUGACAUCACUGUCACAAAAGCGACAUUUGAAGAGAUAUGCAAGGAAGUGUGGACAGCCCAGAAUCUUCUAUAG